AUGUCAGAGCAGCAAGGCGCACCAGAACAGCUGGCUGCUGGGAAGAGCCAGGGUGGAGCCGGAGCCACAUAUAAGGUGGCACUGUUUGAGUUUGAGAACUUCAGAGGCAAGAAGGUAGAGUUCUCCGCGGAGUGCAAGGAUGUCUGUGAGAAGACUCUGGAGAAAGUGGGCUCUGCCAUCGUAGAAUCUGGACCCUGGGUGGCGUUUGAGCGCAAGGCCUUUGCCGGGGAGCAGUACAUCCUGGAGAAGGGCGAGUACCCCGUCUGGAGCUCCUGGAGCAACAACCAGAGCAACAACCUGCUGCUGUCCCUCAGACCUCUCCGCGUGGAUGGUGCCGACCACAAGCUCCACCUAUUUGAGAACGUGGGCUUCACCGGGAGGAAGAUGGAGAUCAUGGAUGAUGAUGUACCCAGCCUCUGGGCUCACGGCUUCCAGGAUCGCGUGGCCAGCAUCAAAAGUCUAAACGGAACGUGGGUGGGCUACACAUACCCAGGCUACAGGGGGCGCCAGUACGUGUUUGAGCACGGCGAGUACAAGCACUGGAACGACUGGGGCGCGGCCCUGCCACUGCUCCAGUCCGUCCGGCGCGUGCGUGACAUGCAGUGGCACAAGCAGGGCUGCUUCACCCCCUCGGACCCAGCCCCCACACCCAACCCAAACCCCACCCCCCACCCCACCCCCCACCCCAACCCCAGCCCUACUCCUGCCCCCGCCCCUGCCCCUGCUCCCGCCCCUCCUCCCCCUGCCCCUCCCGCCGCCGCUGGCACCAGCUGA